AUGUCGUUCAUCUAUAGGAGGGCGGCGCAAAUGCUGUCGAGGUGCGCCCAGGGAGGAGGCAUCAAGGACGUUCUGCAUGAGAAGGAGGACCCGUCGAUUAAGAAGCUCUACUUCAUUUUGCACAAGGCGCUGGAAGACCUGGACAUCCUGAACCGCGUGUACGCCGAGCACCUGUCCAAGUGUUGCAAGAACAAGUUCCUGGGAAUUGUACUCCUGUGCGUGCUCGUGCAGAGGAGAAAAAUCGACGGAGGGGGAAAGUUAAAAAGGGAAAUCCUGAAAAAGGAGAAGGAAAUUCUCCACUUAUACAAUUGUUUGAAAGAGAAAAAGGAGGGUAACAAACAAACUCAAGAAAAAAAAAAACAGCUAGCCAAAUAUUUUAUCAUAUAUGACCAGGGCAGAAAUAGUGAUGCCUUGAACGAACUAAAGGAAGUCCUUCCAGUGGAAGAGGACGAGGAUGUAGAAGGUCUUUACAAAAUUGAAAAUGAUAAGUUAAGUACUCUCAUUGCUACCCCCACGUAUCAGCAGCACAAUGUAAGAAUAUUGGACAAGACGUCCUGCCUGGUUGUACAGGCGGGAAAUAUUAAACAGGGGAUGGUGAUCGUGGACGUCUGCUCAGCGCCAGGCAGCAAGGCCAUAUUUACCCUGACGCUGCUAAAGGAGAAGGGUUACCUUGUGUGCAUUGAGAAGGAUAAGAAAAGGUGCCGCACUCUACUACAGGAAAUAAUGAAACAGAAUCGGGAGUUUGAUGGGAUAUACCUGGAUGAAGAAUUUUCAGAGGAAAAUAAAUUAGCCUUAACAGAAAAGAACUUUUUUGCAAAGCAUACAAGUACAAAUGUUUAUUAUAUAAAACACCGACGUAGCGAAAUGGUGGUCAAAGUUUUUAAUGUAGAUUUUUUUGAGUUGAGUGCUGAUCAUUUUUCAUCGCUCGGGAAGGUGGACGUGGUUUUCGUUGACCCCUCUUGUUCGUCCAGCGGCAUGCCCGACUUUGCACACAAGGAGAGCAUGCGCCGGGUCUUCCGCCACGGCGAGGCAGGGGCAACAGGUAGGCUGGCACCCCAAGUGGGACAUCUCCCUCCAGACGAGCCAAGCCCGACACGCAACUUCUACGAUGACGUGGCGGAGGGAAAAAUCCCAAAGGUCCCUCCUCCAUUUCAAGACAAAGUGGAUAGGCUGGCCGAGUUUCAAAAAAAAAUUUUAAAUCACGCACUGGCCACGCUGAGGACAGCUGAUACGUUUAUUUAUUCCACGUGUUCCUUCUUUGAAGAAGAGAAUGAACAGGUUGUCGAGUCUGUGUUGGAGUCAAAUCCGGGGGUUAGUCUGGAGAAGGCAGGGAAGGAGAAGUUCUUGUAUAACGGCGGGGGGUCAGUCAUCUCCAGUCAGUGUGUGCGCACCUUCCCAGAGCUGCAUGCUUGUCGGGGGAUUUUUGUCUCGAAGUUGCGUCGGACUAUAGUUCGUCCGUAA